AUGUCGAUUUGUGUAUCUGAAUGUUUCCGUGCUAAGUGCUUGACAUCCCUUCUUUAUUGCCAUUUCCCGUCCUGCCCUCGCUCCAUCGUGCCCUCGCGCCCACGCGCCCGCGCGCAUCAGGUGGUGGCGGAGCAGAAGUACUGCGAGCGCCACUUGCACCGCGGGCGCAACCGAGCGCGCAAGCUCAACGACAAGGCCACGCCCGGAACCUCCCUCGUGGCUGACGACGGGGAGACCACCCCAACAGCCACCACUGCCACCACCGCCACCACAGCGACCACGGGCACUGGUGCCGCGGAUGGCUGUCUCACGAGCGACGGAGUGCGGGCCAUGGAGUCUGUGGACGAUGGGCGGGGCGCCAGCACGGGUGUUAUGGACGCUAGUGCAGGGAGGGGCGGAGUGGGGACUAGCGGUGGGGCUGGCGGGGUUGUUGACAGGGCGGGCAGUGCGUCGAGUGGCAAUAGCGGUGGAGACGCUGUGUCUGCCGGAAGGGAGAACGACGUGUGUGGACGGAACGAGGGAGGGCGAGUGGAGGGGAAUGGUGGUGGGAAGAAGAGUGGGAUGGCCGGUGAGGGUAAUGAGAGAAGGGAAGGCAAGCGGUGUCAGGGUGCGUUGGUGGCGUCAGCCGCUGCUGCUGGUGCGGCUUCUGAGCCUGCAGGUGUCGUCUGUGUGCCUGCAGCCGUCGUGUGUGUGUCCACUACAGAUGCGAUUCCCGCAGUGCAUUUGGCCACAGGAGUGGUGUCUGUGGUGUCUACACCCACCGGGGCAGCGGCAGGCGGACACCCUCCUCCUCUUGCUCUCCCACCCCCUGCUCAUGCUGUGGAGGGCCGCGCACAGCAGGUGCCACAGCAUCACCAGCACCAGCAGCAGCAAAGGUUGCCUGCUGGUUCCCCUCUGGCUGGGUCCGUGCCUGGAGUCGUUUCCGUGGUACAGCCAAGCCCAAAACUAACCCAAUCUGGAAGUUUCUCUCAACCCAACACACUUGCUUCUCCGCCUGCUGUUGGCCCUGCUGUUGUUGCUGCCAUGGCUCGUGCAUCGCCAAAGCAGCAGGAAAUGGGGAGCAUACAGGGAUCCACCAAAACUAGUGGUACUUAUGCUACGCUCAUGAAAGGGGACAAGCCCAUAGGCGCUGCUCCAAUGGAUGUGGAUGCACAGAAGCAAGGGAGCCAGGUUGCUGCCAAUGGAGCUGUUGCUUCACAGGCGAUAUCCAAUGCGGGUGCACGAAAGGAGGUGGACGGGUCAGCUGGUGUCACUGCGGGCUGUAACGAGGAGGUUGUUAUUGUUGAUGGGAAGGAUGGCUGCCACUUGUGUGUGCUACCAUCCCCGUUCCAUGGUUCGGAUGGUGGGAGUGGUGCACAGAGCCCAGUUGACAUCUCCCCACUCGGGCCUGUCCCGGUCGCAUCAUCAAAUGAAGCGGUGAAGCAUCAGUGA